AUCGGUUAGAAUUCAAGAUGGCGUCUCCGCGCGGCGGGUUAAUGGACGAGAACUGUUAAGAAUGACGUGACGUAUCUGUACCGCAAUUUCUAUUUACUUUCUUACUUAUAGAUUAUUUGAAAAUGAGUGUGACAGUACAUACUGACGUUGGUGACAUGAAAAUAGAGCUGUUUUGUGAAUUAUGUCCAAAAACCUGUGAGAAUUUCUUGGCUUUGUGUGCCAGUGAUUAUUAUAACAAUUGCUUAUUUCAUCGUAAUAUAAAAGGCUUUAUUGUACAAACUGGAGAUCCUACUCAAACUGGAAAAGGAGGUACUUCGAUAUGGAAUCGCAAGUUUGAAGAUGAAUUUAAAGAAGAAUUGAAGCAUAAUGCUCGAGGACUUGUUUCUAUGGCUAAUAAUGGGCCGAAUACAAAUGGGAGUCAAUUUUUUAUUGCCUAUGCUGCACAACCACAUCUAGACUUAAAAUACACUCUAUUUGGAAAAGUCAUAGAUGGAUUAGACACUUUGGAGCAGUUAGAAAAAUUACCAGUAAAUCCAAAGAAUUAUAAACCACUUAAUGAUACAAGGAUAAAUAAUAUUACAGUACAUGCAAAUCCACUAGCAGGUUAAAAGAUUUAUUGUUUAUAAUAAUACAGUAAUGAGUACAGGGACAAUGUAAAAAGAUACUUUUAAGUCAAUAAUGGUGACAUUGUAAUAUAAAAUUGCAAAAUAGGUUUCUGUACUGAUCAAAAUACAAAUUUGUAAUAAACAUUAAAAAUGCUGAUCA